CUGCUCUUCUUUCGAUUUCAGUGCAAACCACUCGGGACAUGUUACUCGAAUGAUGACUGCUUUGGUGGUCAGUGUAUUGGCGCAUUUGUUGGGAGGUGCAGUUGCAAUGGUUGCCUUGAUCUCUUACGGUGCGAAAACGAUACGAUGUGCGGUGGAUUGAAAGGUGCAUGCAACCUCAAUACAACCACCUGUGACUGCACUGCGGGAUAUUUGAAUGCUGGAUUCUCGUCCUUAAGCGACGCACUGUUGCAUUUCUGCAAUGUAAAGAACUGUGCUAAACAAACGGAGGAUAAGGACUGCUUCGGUCUACAGUGUACUUCCGGUCUAUGUCUUUGCUUAAAAGAUUAA